CAAACCCAAAAUCAGAAGGCAUUCCCAUAUUUAGCCAGUUUUGCCACCUCUCUCUCAUCUCUCUCUCUCUCUCUCUCUCUCUUCCUGAAGGAGAGCCAAAAAAGAGAGAGGAGAGAUAUUUUCAGCGUUUUAAUUUUAUUUUUUCUCGCGAAAAUAAUGAGAAUGAUAUAGAACGAAAAUUCUCUUCCCGUUUCUAGGGUUUCCGUUUUUCGUCAUUGCCAAGCUUCUUUGUUGCUUUCGCUUUGCCUUCUUUCUCAUCCACUUAAUUAUUGUACGGACUCCUCAACGAGAUCCCAAAUUCUGCGCUCGAGAUAGGGAUUUACUUCGGAUUUUGUAGAGUCUUUUAUCGGUUUGGUUCUUGGAGGAUUUUUUUUUUUUUUUUAAUAGUUCGAGUUGCAGAGUUACGAGUUUCAAUGGUAUGCUCGCUUGGAAGUGGAAGGAUGGCGGUUAUGGCAAGGCUUCUGGCAGCAAAAAGUUUCUCACCAAGUAUAACUGAGGAAGUUGGCCAUCAGAAAUUAGCUGCUCAAUCGAUUUGCAGAGAAUUAAGUGAGGCAGAUGAAGCAAAUUUGCUUGAUGAAGAAGACAUGCAUGUUUUUGGUUUGAAGCCUAUGGAUGAUCCCUUGCAUUUGGUAUGCUGCAAUGCUUGUAAAAAACCUGUGAAGGCCAGUCAAUAUGCGGCACAUGCAGAACUUUGCAGGACGUUAAAUUCUAUAGAAGAAAAUAAUUUGGGGCUUGAUGGCUGUAUAAGGCAUAGGAAACCUACAAAGAAGGAGAGGAAAAAGCUACUAACUGCUUACGCUAACAAGGCUACAUCAGUUGUGGAGUUAGAAAGGUCUGAAUCUAUUGAUGCAAAUGAUACUGGCGUUUCACAAUCAAAGUUGGAUGGACUUCUUGGAAAAAGGAAUUCAGCCUAUGUAGAUACGAAAUAUUUGAUGGAUGGUUCAGGACUUAGUCCUGGAAAUACGGAUCACUCAGCCUGUGUAAUGGCUCCACCAACAAAACGUUCUAAAUUGAUAGCAGGCGGGUGGUUACCACUAUCAGAUGAUAUAGAAACGGUGGCUGCUGUAUCGAAAGUCACAAGUUCUCAAGACACAUGUAGGGAUUCUUUGAAAGGGACUGUUUCUGUGAGCAACACACCUAAUGAUCAAGUUUUUGUUUGCAAGACUUCUGGGAAAGUUGAUGAAUGUUGCCAGCCACUGGAAGAUAUUCCAUUUCCCCUUGCUUCCAAAGUAUAUUACUCGCAAAGAAGCAAUCGUCUGCGUUCAGCACUUUGUCGUCUUUACUGUGAGUCAGUGGCAUCAACUAAACAGCUUUUCAGUGAUCCGGUGAAUUCAGAAAUGUUGAAUGAAACCAUGAUUCCAUCACAGGCUUCUUCUCAGAAGAACAGUCCACUUAAGCAAAGAAAUAACCUAUUAAACAACAAGCAGGAUUCACUCUCUAUGCCUUCUAUGCGUAAACCUGAUCAAUUUCUUGUGCAAAGUUCAGAAGUAUGCUUGGGUACAUCUGGCGGUUGCCAGCCUCCCGGUGACUUCUCAAAGCAAUUUCCUGCUGAUAAUGUUCCAAGACCUCAGGUUACACCUGCCAGUUUAACAAGGAACAAAUACCUUCCAAAACCUUUCUCAGGACAAUCGUUGGGGACAGUGCAGCAGCAAAAUGGUAGCGUUCCUGUGAUAUAGGGGUAGUUGCAGGCUUUUUGUUUUUGCAGGAUGAAUUGUAAUUAACCGAUGCUAGUUGAGGCUGUAGAACUUAGGAUCCCUUUUUUUUUUUUUCUUUUUUCUAUUUUUUUUUUCUAUUUUUUGUUGAUAUUUUAUCUGAGCAACUUGUUAGAAGUUGUUCGUUAGAGCCUUAUGCAUCAUUGCCGAAUACUGCUCUGUUUAUAAUAUUCAAAUAUGAAGGAAAAUCUUUUGAAAUUGUUAUACCUAAGGUUUGAACCUUCGUCUGCAGAUUUGUAAAUUUGGCUUCUGUAAAUAUAACUUUCAUCUUUUAGUUGUAAAUUUGGCUUCUUCUUCUUUCA